CGACUGGCAUAAUAGACAAAGAACACCACCAGAUACCUGUACUGAAUCUCAUACAGAAGGAUGCAACCCAAACUCACUCAAAAUAACAAAAUAUUUUUCAACAACUCUACAUGUAAAUUACUGCAUAUUUAACACAACCCCUGCAAAUGUAAUAAAACCUGGACAAGAAAUUUAUUAA